AUGCUGUGGAAUGCGUACACGCAGCGCGAGGACUCAGCUUUGCGCUCGGAUGCUGAUUGGCUGAAGCUGUGGCGCGGAACGCUCCUCAUCCUCGGAAGUUGUCGAGAAAUUUCCAAGACAACCUUCAUCGACGCCAACAACUCGCCCAAGCACCCAGCUGUCGUCUUCUCCGGCGCCCGUAUAAUAGGCCGCGCGGUUUCCGAGUCCUACCGUCAAGCUGCCGCCGCCCAGAAAUAUGCUGCCGCCAACCAAAACGGAGGUGGCGGUGGUGGAAGCGCCUUCUCCGGCGGCUCCAACAUUACCAUGGAUGAGGCAUGCCAGAUUUUGAACGUUGGACCGGGCAAGAUGGGCAACAUUGAGCUGGAGGCUGUCACGGAGAGAUUUAAGAGGCUGUUUGAUCUGAACGAUCCGAAGAAGGGAGGCAGUUUCUACCUACAGAGCAAGAUAUUACGGGCGCGAGAGAGAAUUGAGAGGGAGGUACAGGGACAUCAGCGUGUGGCGGAGAGGGAGAAGGAGUUAAGAGAAGGCUUCAAGCCGAAAUUCACCAAGGAGGAUUGAAGCUCGAAGUCAUCUACAUGAUCUUGUUCCUUCGCACUUGGGAGCCUUUGACCUUGGCAGGGCUUCGACAGUCUUCACUCACCGCGAAAAGCCCAUUGGACAGUAGAAAGAGACUGCAUACGACUGGCGUUCAGAUAUUUGGCAUAGCGUUAUUGCCGAUUCACAUGUCUUUUUAGGAGCGGUGGCGCUCUGGAAUCAGCACAGAGAACCUUUUGUGCCACAGAACUCUCCGCUCGCAUUUGUACAUAUAUAUCGAUUUGAUUGUUCGAAUAGUAAUGUACCAAUACA